AGCCGAAGAUGGCGUCUCAGUCUCUACGGGCGAUACGGACACUCCCGAAGAUGACGCAACGCUCCCCGAGGUUUGAUUCGGGUAGUUACCGGAGAUGCCCGAAGAUGACGUGAGGCGGCAGAGAGGGGGUGAGGUGGAGAGAGCGGAGGUGAAGAAGAGGAGGAUGAGGCUGGGAGCGGAGGAUGAGAGGAAGAGCGGAGUGAGAGAGACAGACGAGGCUGGCUGACUGGGCUGUGUGUAUGUAAGGGUGUGUGAAUGAGGGUGAGGGAGGAGGGAGAGUUCGUAUCCGACCGGGAACAAUAAAACAUUUUAAACCCAAGCAACGGAAACUAAACUUUUCCCCCACCGUAACUCGCCGUGCGGGUCUCCACUGAUUCUUGAGAGGGUGGACUCUGAAAAUAAUUACAAUUGUAGGCGAUUUCUCUUCAGAAACGCGGGGGAAUCCCUGUCGGGAGCGAACAAGAGUUAAUAAAGGAACGGAGAAUGGCGGCCAACAUGUACAGGGUCGGAGAUUACGUUUACUUUGAGAAUUCGUCCAGUAACCCCUACCUGAUCCGACGCAUAGAGGAGCUCAACAAGACUGCCAAUGGAAACGUGGAAGCGAAAGUGGUUUCCCUGUUCAGGAGACGAGACAUUUCCAGUAACCUGAACGGCCUCGCGGACAGCAAUGCGCGGGAGUUUGAGGAGGAGUCGAAGCAGCCGGUGGUGUCAGAGCAGCAGGGUCAUCAGCUGAAGCACAGAGAGCUCUUCCUGUCCCGCCAGUUUGAGUCCCUCCCUGCCACACACAUACGGGGGAAAUGUAACGUCACUCUUCUGAAUGAAACAGACGUCCUUGCUGGGUAUCUGGAGAGAGAGGACUGCUUUUUCUAUUCACUGGUGUUUGACCCGGUGCAGAAGACCCUGCUUGCGGAUCAGGGAGAGAUUCGAGUGGGAUCCAAGUACCAGGCAGAGAUCCCAGACAAGCUGCCUGAAGUGGAGUCAGACACUCGGAACCAGCUGAAACUGGAGACCAAGGUGUGGGAUCCUGACAACCCGCUGACAGACCGACAGAUAGACCAGUUCCUAGUGGUGGCACGGGCUGUCGGGACAUUCGCCCGUGCGCUGGACUGCAGCAGCUCGAUCCGCCAGCCCAGCCUGCACAUGAGCGCCGCCGCGGCCUCCCGCGACAUCACACUGUUCCACGCGAUGGACACACUGCAGAAGAACGGCUAUGACCUGGCGAAGGCGAUGUCCACGCUGGUGCCGCAGGGCGGGCCGGUGCUGUGCCGGGACGAGAUGGAGGAGUGGUCCGCCUCCGAGGCCAUGCUCUUCGAAGAGGCGCUGGAGAAGUACGGCAAGGACUUCAACGACAUCCGGCAGGACUUUCUCCCGUGGAAAUCUCUGGCCAGCAUCGUCCAGUUUUACUACAUGUGGAAAACUACUGACCGCUACAUCCAGCAGAAAAGGCUAAAGGCGGCUGAAGCAGACAGCAAGCUGAAACAGGUUUACAUCCCGACCUACACCAAACCAAACCCCAACCAGAUUAUGCCGGUGGGCUCAAAGCCUGGUGUGAACGGAGCCGCUGGCUUCCAGAAGGGGCUGAGCUGCGAGAGCUGCCACACCUCCCAGUCUGCACAGUGGUAUGCCUGGGGCCCUCCCAACAUGCAGUGCCGGCUCUGCGCCUCCUGCUGGAUCUACUGGAAGAAGUACGGAGGCCUAAAGACCCCCACGCAGCUAGAGGGCGCUGCUCGCACCGCCACGGAGGCACCACCGCGGGGUCACAUGACACGGCAGGAGGUCCAGGGGCUCUCUCCCUUCACCAGCAGUGCUGGCCGUGCCAAACUCCUCGCCAAGAACAGGCAGACCUUCAUCCUGCAAACCACCAAGCUGACCCGCAUCGCCCGCCGUGUGUGCAGAGACCUCCUGCAACCACGCCGAGCAGCCCGGCGACCCUACGCUCCCAUCAACUCCAACACCAUCAAGGCAGAGUGUGUGAUUCGACUCCCGAAAGCACCAAAAUUGCCGCUUAAAGUCCGGGCCACUGUCAGGCCGACCCUGGCUACGAUCGUCAAGGAGCUGGCUAUCCAGGCACCCCUGAAACUGAAAGCUCCGCGAGGGACCCCCACUCCGAUCAACCGCAACCAGCUGAACCAGAGCCGUGCCUCCACCAACAUCCUGGGGGUCAAGAGGCCCUUUGAGAAUGUGGGAGGCGGGCUCCAGUAUUCAGCCAAUGGCAGGCCAUUCACAUCGGGAAUGAGGACCACUUCGCAGUCUGUAAUUAAGAGGCAAAAGGUGAACCCCGGUGACGCGCCCAACCCUGUGGUCUUCGUCGCCACUAAAGACACCAGAGCUCUUCGGAAAGCACUGACCCAGGCGGAGAUGCGGCGAGCAGCACGGAAGCCACACCUGCCCGUACGAGUGAAGGUGCCAGUGCCAGCAAGGCCCCUGCUGGUGCCAUCUGUACCAGCCAGCACCACGGAGCCCAUUGUCCUUGAGGACUGAGACAAGGCAAUACCUGGACAUGCCGGCCAAGGCAAGCUUUCCAAGCCAACGCUCUCCUCUGACUCUCGUUUUAUAAAUAUAUAUUUUUUUCCCACAUUUUUGGCACCCCCUCCUCCCCACCCCUUUUUUUUUUCCCCUCUUACAACUUUGUAGUUAUUUUAUUAUUUCUAAUAUUUUGUUUUGUUGUGUUAAGGUGAAACACCCUUUAGCAUUUUCGUUUUAAAGAAAAAAACAACAAAAAAAAUGUCCAUAUUUUGAAAAGCACACUUUUGUAAAUAUUUAAAAGGAUAAAACAAGUCUGGGUUGAUGCAUCAAGGAUUUAAUCUAUUUUGUUUAUAUGAGAACCUCUAGCUGCUGUUCCUCAGCAGUUCAGUUGGAACAGGUGAAAUGUUACAGGGUUUGAGUAGCUGUGUUUCCGCUACCCUGUUAAACUGCUCAGAUUUGUGUUUGUUGAGCCCAAUAUUCAAAGUACCAUUUCCACCUGCAGUAAGGUGCAGCACAGUUUGCAAUUAGAAACCUGUGCUCAGCUGUGUAUGAUGUGGCAGACUGAGUUGAGCUGUAACUAAGGUUUUAUACAAGUCCUGUCUCUCAGUUGCAGCCCCCUUACUUUUCUUGUUUUGAAGAUCUUUUUACUUCUUACCCUCUAAUUCAGGAUGUGCAAUUGAGUGCUGUAGAUGGAAAUGGAUUUUCAGUAAGAUCUUUAAACUCCUGCCCCGGCCGUGAUGUUUGGAGCCAGGCUGUGCCCUCGCUCACCCUGCUCGUGAGAUGGCUUGACUGGUUAUUCUCUGCACUGAGAUGGGAGUGGAGCCACUCUGCAGAGGGGAAGGGAGGACAGUCCUGGCAGUGGUACAGGCAGAGUGCCAUGCAAGAGUUUCUGUGUUUGAGUGUGUGUGUGCUUCAGUAAUCUCACCUGCCAAAUACCGUUUGUAUAUAACUGAAUUUUAAAUGCUCUUUAAAAUCUGGACAUUGUGUGUUCUAUUUUAGCCUCAUACAAACUAUCAUAGCAGCCUACCUUAAAAUCCAUCACGAUGCCCACUGCACUGCAUUAUUGCAGAUCUCUUGUCCUCAAAUUGACAAUCAACCAGUGGAGUCCUGUUUCUUUUAUUGCAGUGACUGCAGUUUGGAGCCCUAGACAGACAUACAGGUCUGCACUAUUGAAAGAGUUCAACAGGAUUGGCGGAGAGCUAGUUAGUGGCCUGGUGUUUGUUAAAGACUGAUGGUAAACCUGACCACAGGUUUCAAAGCCAUUCCUGCAUCAGCACCUCCUGCAACGGUUAAUAUGGUAUUAAACAGUAACAGCUUUGUGGCUACUUACCCCAAUCCAAACACAGUAGCACUCUUCUGCAUGGCUUUAUGGGCACUGUAAUGAUCAUAUGCAUGCACUAUUUGUAGGAUUGAACAGGAUCAACAUAGUAAGUAGCGAAACCCACAGGUCACACCAUCUGCCAUGUAGAGGCAGUCCUAUAGUGUGCUGUGGCAUUCCUUCUGUUCUUAUAGAAGUGCCACACGCUGUACUGACUGCCAGCAAGUGGAACGGCAGCUCCUUGUUUUACAGGCCUGACCCUGUGGUGUUCUCUUCCCAUAUUACCAAUGUAUUUCCCCCAGCGACCAUACGUGCCACCCACACAUCUGUCUCAAGCAACGCUUGGACUUGAAGUCUUAUCAAAGAAUUGCAGCAGAAAAGGGGCAAUGUGUAACACUGAAUGGGGGCAGGUGCUUGUAAAUGGAAAUUUGUCCCUUGUUAAAAUACAUAAGCUUUUACAGGACUUUUUUGCUGAUUCAGAAUGGAAUUUCCUCUGUUCUAUGUAUUGCAUUUAAAUUGCUUUGUUUAGCUCUUAAAGUACAUUUAGUUUUGUUACAUCUAAAGAAGAGCUUAGCCAUUUGUCAGGGAACUUGCUAAAGACAUUCUUUAGAGCAUUGAAAUCUGGAUAUACAGAAGCAUUUCAUCUGUCCGUAUGCCUGUCUGCAUGUCAAACUUGCAUUUUAACAAGGUGGCUGUACGUUGGGGUUGUGAUACUGAUGGCUGUUCUUGAACUUGCAGUCUUGGCACUGGGGAAUGUAUCCAGUAUCCUACAUUUCAUAUGAUCAGUACAUGUGCAGCUCUGCCGUGACCUACUCGCUUGUAUCUCUAGACACACACACACACGCACUGUCGAAAUACACAGCAGCAGUUUUCUGUGGCCUGAUUCUUUUUAAGUUUAUUGGUAAGGACAUUCUUUUAUAAAGUUGUUUAAGUAUGAGAAUAUGGGGGUGUACAGAGGCAAAGGCGCACAUUCUUUAAUUAUUUCUAACCUGGUUCUGUUUCAACCUUGUUAAAGAUCACUGUAAAAUAAAUAGAAAUGCUUCAACCCAGGGAUACCCAGUCCUCUUUUAAACAGUAGGUUUUAAAGCGUUUUUAUAAAGCAAAAGCUUAUUCUUUCCUCAGAGGGUUUAAUAUUCUGUAAAUGUGUUACAUUGUGCUUUGUUUGUGGGUGGGGGAAAAGGGAUGGGAGGGCAGUGGCAUUUUGUACUUUGAAGAGAAAAUGAAAAAAAAAAAAAGAUCUUGGCUUUCUCAAGUGUGUUUGGUUGUGUUUUUUCUUUUUUUUUUUUUUUUUUAAUCUGAUGUCUGUAACCUAUUAAUGUACCUUGGAAAAAACAAUAAAGAAUUUUUUCUUCA